CUUCAUAAAAUAUACCACAUUAAAGUUCAAUAUAUUUAUAUGCAAUUUCGUAAACUAAUUUCUAAGGGAGCCUUUUCAUAUAAAAGUGAAUGCAUAUCUGGAUUGGGUUACAGUUUUUUCUACUGAUCAAAUAUAGCAACAAGUUAGAAAUGAGUCCUAAGAUUAUCUUCAUUUUUGCAAUAAUUGUUUCAACCAAUGCAGUUGAAUAUUAUCAAGCCCCAGCAUAUCAUCAGUCAGCUCUAAUCAAGUCUUAUGCGCCUAUCGUAAAACAGUUAGAAGUGGAAGCACCAGCAAAAUAUGACUUUUCUUAUGGAGUUCAAGAUGACCACACUGGGGAUAUCAAAAGUCAAACAGAGUCACGAGAUGGAGACGUUGUCCAUGGGUCUUACACAUUGAUAGAUCCAGAUGGCUACAAACGUACUGUAGAAUAUUCCGCUGAUAAACACAAUGGUUUCAAUGCUGUCGUUCACCGAGAUCCAAUUGGGCACCCGGUAAAGAAAAUAAUUACUCCUGUAGCCAAAGCUAUCACUGCUCCUAUCUAUCAGGGAUACUCCCACUAUUGAAAACCAACCAUUUGUAAAAAAACAGCUUUACAUAUAAAGGCAAUUGUAAUGCCUUCAAUUUCUUCGGCUAAAAUACAGAAAUACAAACGAAAUGACUUCAUUACAUUUUGGAUGAAGUACAUAAUUUCGUUUUUCAAUUCGAAUAACACAAAUUUCUAAACCAUGUCUACUUUUUACUUACUUAAAAUUUUAAUCUUUUCACGGCACAGUCGUGUCAAUUACAUAAUAUAUUGUUAACGUAAUAAAACCAUAUAAAUUAUAAAAAA